AUGUCUGGUAAUAGUGCUUCCUGGAAAGAUUUCUUGAAAUCGAUCGCAUCAUUUAAUGGGGAUUUGUAUACUCUUACUGCUCCGCCAUUCAUUUUAUCGCCAGUGUCGUUAGUCGAAUAUUCUCAAUUUUGGUGCGAACAUCCGGAAUUGUUUCUUGCACCAAAUUUCAUUGGUGGUAAGGAUGCUAAGGACGAGAGCACUCUCCUUGAAAGACAGAUUGCCGUCACCAAAUGGUUUAUCGCCACUUUGAGAUCACAAUAUGCUUCAAGAAAUGAAACUUUGGGAACCGAAAAGAAACCUUUGAACCCAUUCCUUGGUGAAGUAUUUGUGGGGAAAUGGGAAGAUCUGAGCAAGGAAAAGAAACUCGGAGACACUGUUUUGUUAUCAGAACAAGUUAGUCACCAUCCUCCUGUUACCGCUUACUCCAUCAUUAAUGAAAAGAACAACACUUAUUUAUCAGGAUACAAUGAAGUCAAGACCCAAAUCUACGCCACCUCUUUGACUCUAAAUGUUAAGCAAUACGGUAAUGCUAUCUUAGAAUAUAGGGACUUGAAUGAAAAUUAUUUGGUCACUUUGCCAGGGUUGCACAUUGAAGGCUUGUUGAUGGCAUCUCCUUAUGUUGAAUUGGAUGGUAAAUCUUAUAUUCAAUCUUCUAGUGGGUAUAUAACUGUCAUUGAGUUCAGCGGAAAGGGCUGGGUUAGCGGUAAAAAGAACUCCUUCAAGGCCAAAAUUUUCAAGGAUAAGAAAUCCAUGGAUAAGAAAGGUACUCCAGAAUGCACCAUCAGCGGCCAAUGGUCAGGAUCUUCAAGUAUUUACUACGGCGAUAAGUACAAGAAGACUACACCAUUUUACGAUGCUGCUACAUCUAGUCCAGAACAUCUUAAGGUUAAACCAAUUUCUGAACAACAUUCAUUGGAAAGUAGAAAGGCCUGGAAGGAUGUUGCGGAAGCCAUUAAGGAAGGCUCAUUCGAGAAAAUUUCGGAAUCCAAGUCCAAAUUGGAAAAUGCUCAAAGAGAAAAAAGAAAGCAAGAAACAGACACCAAUAGUCCUUGGAAGGUUAGAUGGUUCAAAGAAGUUGAUGAUUCUACUAUACCAGCUUUAGGUCAGAAAUCCGAUCAACCAUUCCUUAAUUUGUGCGAAAUUGGCGGGUUUUCCAAGUACAAUGUUCCAAGCGGUACGUUCAAUUCAGAUGCUAAAUCAAAGACUGCAGUACACUGGAGAUUUAAUGAUGAGGCUUUCAAGAAUGAAAAGGAAAUUGUUAUUUGA